AUGGCGCUGAAGCGGAUCCAGAAGGAGCUGGCGGACUUGGGCAACGACCCUCCCGCGAAUUGCUCAGCGGGACCCGUCGGAGACGAUCUGUUCAAUUGGCAGGCGACCAUCAUGGGCCCUCCGGACUCGGCGUACCAGGGCGGCGUAUUCUUCCUGAACGUCAACUUCCCCUCCGACUACCCGUUCAAGCCGCCAAAGGUUCACUUCACGACGAAGAUCUACCACUGCAACGUCAACUCCAACGGGGCAAUCUGCCUCGACAUCCUGAAGGACCAGUGGAGCCCCGCGCUCACCAUCUCGAAGGUGCUGCUCUCCAUCUCGUCGCUGCUCACGGACCCGAAUCCGAGCGACCCGCUGGUCCCCGAGAUCGCGCAGGCGUACCUGAAGACCCGGGAGAAGCACGACCAGACGGCGCGCGAGUGGGUGCAGAAGUACGCCACGUGA